AUGUCGGCCGACGACACAAUUCUGCGUACAGGCGAGCACGGUCAAGGCCGCACCGUCCUUGCUUUCUCUCAGGAUGGAGAAUACACUUUUACAGGUGGUGGGGAUGUUGUGGUAUCAAUAUGGAAAACAGACGAGGGCAAGGAGGGUGAACCAUCGUUUGCUAUGGAUGGAGAUUAUCCCAUAACAGCACUUGCAGCUGCGGACGAUUGCUGGCUGGCUGGCGACUCAGAGGGAAUAGUCAGGCGAUAUACCAAGAACUCCAACCAAGUUGUUGGUCUUUUGAUGACUGUAACUCUUCCCGUUCGAUGCCUGGCGUUCGAUCCAAAUGGUAGAAAGGUGGCAAUAACACACGACGACAAGUGGGUUAGGCUUUUGGAUAUUGAGGAUACGACCGUUACGGUGGACUUGAAAGAGGGUUAUACAUCAGGUGUCCGAAGCGCGACGUGGCACCCUUCUGGAUCUCUUUUGUCAACUUGCACUCAUGACGGCAAAAUUGUUAUAUGGAAUAUGUCAUCCGACAAGCCAAAGCUGGAGAAAAUAAUCGAAGGAAUUAUUCCGGUAGUAAAGGAUACUGAUUCACCCGAAUUUAUGCAUGAUGUAUCUGUAAUAUGGCACACGUCUGGAGAAUACUUUUUUGUAGCAACCAAAGGCCAUGAAAUUGUCUCUAUAUCACGCAGCGACUGGACCAAAACGGCAACUUUCUCUGAUUCAAAUGCAAUAGGCACAGUCAACGCUCUUGCUUUAUCACCGAAUGGCGUGUAUCUUGCUUCAGCGUCGGGGUCUAAGGUUAAUAUCUGGUCUACUCAAACACGUCGCUUGAUAGCCAGUGAAAAGGCCCACCCAGAAUCAACUAUCUGUCAGCUGUUGUUCUCGCCCCGGAAGAAUCUGAUAGCAUGGACAGACACAGAUGGCAAGUUCAACAGAUGGGCGAGACCUAUACCAUCUGGGAUGCCCGACCCUAUUCGUUCUUCUAUAUCUACGAAGGGUUCUGCAACCAUUUCAGUCAAACCACACACGGGUUUAGACCUUUUCGGAGAUGAUACACAGGAAGAUUCUAUUGCUGUGGACAAGGAGGGUGCCGACGACGACGUGGACCUCGACGACGACAUGGCAGAUAUUGACGACGGCUGGAUUGUAGAUGACUUGGACGGAGCUCACGCCCCAACAGCAGACGCUGAAGGGAGCUCAAAAGAGAAAAAGGUUAUGAGAAUGGUGAACAUCACUGAAGCUCAGGAAGCCUUCCAACCAGGCUCUACCCCGAUGGAAAAUAGAAAGCGAUAUUUAGCAUAUAAUAUGAUUGGUGUUAUCGACGUCACUGAUCAAGAUACUCAUAAUAUUGUAAACGUGGAAUUUCACGAUCGGUCUCAGCGGUCAGGAUAUUACAUUACCGACAACUACAAAUACGACCUUGGUUAUCUAGGCGAGAGAGGGGCAGUGUUCGCAUGUCCCCCAGAUGGCGACCAUCGCGCCGAGGUGCUAUUCAAACCAUAUGGCAACACCAAAGCCAACGAUUGGACAUAUAAGCUCUCUAAAAAGGGGGUCAAGUGCCUUGGAAUUGCCGCUGGUGCACUGCCAUAUUCUUCACGGAACACACCAGAGAAUGAAUUGGAAGGAUUUGGGCACGUAGUGGUAGCAACAUCUGAAAAUGACCUUACAUUCCUAUCAGGAACUGGGCGAGAGCGCCGGAUUAUGGCCCUCGGAGGGGAGUUUGUUACCAUGGUUGCGAGCGCUGAGUGGGUGUUUGUUGUCCACCGCGCAGGCUCUACAACAUUUGACGGCUCGCAGAAUUUAUCCUACAGCAUCAUCAACUUUGAAGACUUUUCUGUUCGCCAGAGGGAUGUGUUACCAAUUCCCAAGAAGCAUACUUUGAAGUGGGUUGGAAUCACUGACCAAGGGGCUCCUGCUAUCUUCGACUCCACCGGUUACGUGCAUAUACUCACUAAAUAUCGCAUUCCACACCAUGCAUCAUGGGCUCGCGUCAUGGACACGAAUACUUUGGAACGGAGGCAAGGCAAAGACGAAUCUUACUGGCCAGUUGGCAUUGCUGAGAACAACCUAAUGUGCUUGAUCUUGAAAGGACGGCAAGAAUACCCAUCAUUCCCAAGGCCUUUGAUUCAAGAUUUACCUAUGCAAAUGCCCUUCCGACAAAGCACUGCCCAAGAAGAGUCGAUUGAACGUGAAAUGCUCCGAGUUGAACUGGAACUGGAUUCACUAGAUGAAGAACUUACCACCAAUGACAUCGUAUCGCGGGAAAAGGCUAUGGACAAGGAGUUGAUCAUGCUCAUCCAAGCGGCUUGCAAGGCCGGAAAUGUCCCUCGAGCCAUUGAAUUGACGAAGCUUCUGCACCACACUGGUGUCCUCGACGCUGCCAUGCAGGUGGCAGAUUUCUACCACUUACCCGGUCUCAAGGAGAAGAUGCGCAUAAUCAAAGACAAACGAGAGGAUCAGGAGGACAGGCUUAUUGCUGCACGCGAGAAAAGAAGACGGUGGCUGAAACCAGACGCGCCGUUACGCCAAAUUGCGGAGUCGUCCUCGAUAUCCUUGUCUUCGCGGUAUGACCCGCUAGCAGACUUCAGGCCGCCACCUGUAAUUGAAAGGCCUGGUAUGUCGCGUGUUACACAACCGAAAAUCGAGAGGACUGUCUUCUCUUCACAUAACACGCCCUCGGUCCAUUCAACUCAAGAACGUCCAGGCUGGGAUGAGUCGAAUUUUCCUGACUCCCCUCCGAGUGAAACGAAACGGAAGAGAGCUGAGAUAGAGGAUUCGAUCCCGAGUUCGGAUAUUUCGAUGCCACCCCCCAAACAAAAAUCCAACCCCUUCGCCCGCAAAACGAACGAAACCAAUAAUAAAAAUCUAUUUGCUCGAAAGGCCGAGUCGAAUAAACCUGUUCAAAAAAGCGAGAGCUUCUUUGAAAAAGUUGACGCUGCAGAGUCUGAAGCAGCACCAAGAAAACGACCCAACGCUGCAAAGGGCAAAGACAAGGCUGGCAAGGAAGGAGGUUCUAAACAGGCCACAUUGUUCGGGAUGAUGGGCAAGGCUGCCGAUAAAGGGUUGAAACCCAAGAAGAAAACAGAAGUAGACACGAAAGCCGUUCCAUAUGCAAAUGGCGAAGAAACCCAAGCCGAUUCGCAAAUGACUGAUUUGACGAUGUCAGAGUCUAUGGUGGUUGAAUCGCAGGAGCUUGAGGAAACUCAACCGGCAGAGGAGUGGGAUGAUAUUGCAGAGCCACCGGUUUCCGAUGCUAUUACAUCGCAGGCAUAA